CCGUGUUUUUUUGUUGUUGUUUUUGCUGUUAUCUGCUUGCCCCCCCCCCACACCUCUUUCCGGCUUGUGCGUCUGCGGGGUGUGGUGGGCGUGGAGUCCACCGCCUGCCUAUUCUGCGUUUGGAACAUCCGUGGUGGAACUCAGCAGCAGCGUUAGGAACCCUGGAGCGGGGCAAACGGCGUCCACCCGAGCCGAUUCUCGGUUGCGCCGGUCCGGAAGCGGGGUUUCUGAGGAGGGCGUGGGUUAUGCACGUCUGAGAGCCUGUCUCAGGGCGGGUCGGGACAAUUCCUCUGUGAUUUGCGUUAGCGUAGGGGAUUCGGGUAGAGGGGCUCCUGUGUAAACCCCGGGAGGCCUGACGGACCCGGUUCCUCACAGAGCAGAAGGGAAACGCUCGGAGAACGGGGCGACCUCACCUCCGCCUUCGGCGGCGCCGCACGCCCUGAGGAGACCGCCCGUAGCUGCGGAUCCUGAUUCCUCCUGAGGCAGGGGGUACCGCGCCGCCUCUGGAGUCAGGUGCUGCCCUGGAUUCCUGUCCUGCCUAGGGAACAUUUCUAGCGGGUUGUGCACGGGCGAGACUCUUCCCUUCUUGGAGCCUGUGGCUUCUGAGGAGUGGCCUGUGGCUGGUUUGGACCUUAGUCUCGCUGGAAGGAAAAGGGACCACCGGGUUUCGCCUUCAGUUAAACUUGUGACUCUUAGAUGAUAACGUUGUUCAUUUGUGUAGCUGACUGUGAGUGCUGAUGCUAUGUUAAAUGAAAGGGAAAAUUCCAACAAACAGUGGCAGCUCAUGCACAUGUCAGGACCAAAGUUACCCAGAAAUGAGUCUCCCGUCUUUUGUAGUUAGUAAUAGCCUCUGAGUCCCUCUGUGUGAUUAUCCUGGGCUACGUAAAGAACUUAGCCAAGGUCAAGGUCAAAUGCAGAGCAAAUGCAAACCCAUGACAUGACCUGCCAGCAGCUUGUUUAUUAGCAGAGAUUGAACUACAGGUUCAGUCCUCCUCAGUUAAAAAUUUGGAGAAAACCUAACUGGCUAAGAUCAGAAGAAUUUACUACUUGGGUGAGGGUCUAAAAGGGCCUUCCUUAAAAGGGUCAAGAGGUGGCAGAAGCAAGCGUGGGAUCCAGCUGCUCUGCUGGUUCUCCCCUUCACCCCUCCAGGGGGCAGCCACAUCUGAGGAACAGAGCUGCUGUAGGGGAGCCUAAGACCUCUGUGUCUCUACCCAGCUGGGGCCAGGGACCACCACUCUCCCUACCUACAUCAGCAGCUGAGAUCACCAAGGGCCUUUGAGAACCUGGGGUCACUCAGGAAAGCUCUUCUCUGCGACAUGAAGCUUUGGGGCCGAGUGCUGAGGCCCCUUCUGUCCUGCCCAGAAAGGAUCAGGCGUGCUCAGGGCUGGACUUCAUCCAGCUCAGGGCAGCCCCAUGCGCCGUUGGCUGGGCUAUGGAGUGCCACAGGGCUGGUCAGCCACUGGACAGAGGUCUUUAAGAAGAGAGGCAUCCCUGAAGCCCGGGAAUCCAGCGAGUACAUCGUGGCUCAUGUCCUUGGAGCCAAAACAUUUCAGAGCCUGAAGCCGGUGCUUAGGACCCAGCCUCUGACCCCUUGGCAACUACGGCGUGUUCAGGAGCUGUGCAGCCACCGACUGCAGAGGAUGCCCGUGCAGUACAUCCUUGGCGAGUGGGAUUUUCGGGGACUCAAUCUGAAAAUGAUGCCCCCAGUGUUCAUUCCUCGUCCGGAGACAGAGGAACUGGUUGAGUGGGUACUGGAGGAAGUGGCCCAGAGUCCAUGUGUGGCAAGAGCCCAGGGUGGCCCCCUCAUUCUGGAAGUGGGCUGUGGAUCCGGAGCCAUUGCCCUCAGCCUACUGAGCCUACUGCCAGAGGGUCAAGUCAUUGCUGUGGAUCAGGGAGAGGCUGCCAUCUGUCUGACCCACGAGAAUGCUCAGAGGCUUCAGUUGCAGGACAGGAUUCGGAUCGUCUGCCUUGAUGUGACCUUAGAGGGGAACUGGACACACCUUCUACCCUGGGGCCCUGUGGACCUCAUCGUCAGCAACCCUCCCUACGUCUUCCACCAGGACAUGGAACAGCUGGCCCCAGAGAUUCGCAGCUAUGAAGAUGCGGCAGCCCUAGACGGUGGGGAGGAGGGUAUGGACGUCAUCACGCAUAUCCUGUCUCUGGCACCCUGGCUCCUGAAGGACUCUGGAAGCAUCUUCUUGGAAGUGGACCCAAGGCAUCCAGAGCUUGUCAACAGCUGGCUUCAGAACCGACCUGGCCUGUCCCUCAGUCUCAUGGCUGUGCGCAAGGACUACUGUGGGAGGUCCCGGUUCCUGCAUAUCCAGAGAUCUGGGCCAUAGCGUGGUUGCCCUGUGAUGCUUGGUCACGGUCCCAGCCUGCCCUAGUGCAUUGCUGGCUCUUACUGGAAUGCUGCUCAGGAAGGAGGGUCGCUUGCCAGGACCCAGAGUGUUUGGGACAUUUCCCAUGGUUCUGGGAGUCCCAUGCUCAACAUUGCUGUAAGGCCUUGGAUAGAAACAAGGUUGGAAUGUUCUUGCUGGGACAGCCAAGAGCAGGCACAGCUCCUGUUUAGCUUGGGAGCUCAACAGACCUGACCUCCUGGUCUGGCUCCCUGUAUGUUAGUGUGUCUGAAUGCAGAUUCUUAGCAACUGUUCAUGGUUUUGCUGUGGGGGAAUUGAGCAAUAUGGCCAUAAAGUAUAGAGACUGACAAAUGGUGAUCCAGUCUUUGGUAUUGAUUGUGGUUCCCUGCCCCUUGCCCCCAGGUAGUGCUGGGAGUGAGAGCUUCCUUCUGCCCCAGCAAGGUGGCUAUGCAUACGCUGCCUGGUGAAGAAGGUGGGGUGCAGUAUGGAAAAAGGCACAGAAGAGCUCACUCUGGGCCUACGAACAUGAUAAGCCUGGCACUGGGCAGCCCACUUUCACAGGCUGAGUCUACCCCCCCCCCCAGUGAGUGCCUUCCCCUGAUUUGUCCCACUGGUAAUAUUAGUAGCUAGAAUCUGGAUGUGUAACACACACGGACCCAGGAUCUCUAACUGGGAAUUUGGGUGUCUCAACUGCUGUGUCAAGCAUCUGUUCCUGUUCACUUUAUAAUCUUGCAGCUUUAGUUCCAACAUCCUUUCCCAAUUUAAUUUUGAGGCUUCAGAUUGCCUACCUGCCCCUGGUUGAGGUUGAGGGCAGUAAGAAGCCAAGACAGCAUCUAAAACUGGCACCC